AUGGUUUCUGUUUGCCGGGACUACGACCUGCAAACCUGCUAUAGGAACAUCUCCUUCAAUGUACCAGGACCAAAGUUUAAAGAAAUAAACAGAAAAAACCUAAAGGGACAACCCAAAAAGAAAGACAGUUUUCAACCUUCAGUCGCCUUUGACACCGUGCCUUCUACUGUAGGUUAUUCUUCUAUAGAUGACAGUAGAGAGGGAUUCAAAGGGGUACCGGUUCCAAAUCAUUACACAAUGGAAGAGUGUUAUGAUAAUGAAACAGACUCCUUUUCGCCGAAUUUACAAUAUUAUUUGAGAGACGCAUUCCGAUCAUCACCCUCUUUGAAUACUAGAAAAGACAAUAAACAAGAAGUCAACAGAUCUCCAUUGAGAUCCUCGAAGUUCUUGGAGAAGAAUGCUGACAUUAGGAAAUAUUUCUUGGUUUCCCAGAAUGGAAAAAUAGUAAGGAGAGAUUAUCCAAGUGCGCCUGUGAUUACUAAUGAAGCAUUGAUGAUAAACAGGUUUGAGAAAAACUGGAUGAGAUUGCGGCGCCAAAGAAAAUCACAAAUAAAUGAAAGGCUGGAUAAGAAGAAAGAAUGGUUCACUUAUCCAGAACUUAUAUUUUCCGAGGAACGCAUUAAACCGAUGUAUAGAGACGAUGAUGCUGUACCUUGUACGAAAGAGCAGAAAAGAAAACAUAAGAUCUUUCAACAGAAGGUUGGAUAUUCUAAUAACCCUAAAACGAUACUUUGCUACAUUAACGGAAAAAAACAUACAUGGGUUGCUCUAGAUUGGACCCUUUGCAAGUUUGCACGAAACCUGGAUCAUAUUGUGGUUAUAACUACAUUACCAAGACUGAUAUCCAACAAGAAAAAAAAGUCAAAGGAUGACACAGAAUGGACAUCGGGAUAUCAAAAAGAAGUCAUCAACAAAAAAUUAAGUAAGAUCUUCGAUUAUAUUCUCCAGCUUGUGAAAUUUGCCAAAAUAUCAGUCAAGGUUACUUUGGAAAUAGUUGUAGGUAAAACUAAAAAGACCCUGAUAGAUGCUAUUAAUGUCCAUACCCCAGAUUUCUUAGUUCUUGCUACUUUAAAGCAUGAAAGAAAUGAAAAUCUUAUUACAUAUAAAUCCAAAAAGUUAACUGAUGUUUUUCCUGUUAGUUAUCCAAUUCCUGUAUUUGUCGUUCCCUCAAAAAGAAUGUACUCGUUUGAACUAAACUUGCAAAAACAAGUGAAUGAACAUUUUGACAAUAGCAAUGAUAAUAACUAUACAAAGUAUCAAAAUGGGGACGGAGGUAGCAUGAACAGUUCACAACUCAAGAAGAAUAUAAUAUCAGUUAUUUCUUCGCAAAUCUCCAUAGAUUCAUAUACAGAAGACCUCAAAAGACAAGGUUACAUAAAAAAACACCCCAAAGCUUCUGAGGAUUCUAUUCGGAAGAAGUUAGUAGAUGUUGCGCAACACUCAAGAAAGAAGAUUACUGGUGAUAUAAAAAAAUUGCAAAAGUGUGAAAAAGAUAGGGAAUCUAUUACAGAAAAGGUCUUGUUGACCAAGAUUGAUAUCAUAAUCAAAGAAUCCUUGAAAUCUUCUCUAAUCAUAGAGACACUGCCUGACAAUAAUUUAUCGCAAUCCUGUCACAGUUCUCAAAUCACUAACUUCAAAAAUGCUCUGAUAGGUAAUGAGCCCAAAGGUACAAAAUUUAGGAAAUCGUUGAUACCAUAUUCUUCCUCAGAAGAACAAGAUACCUCAGAAACCAUUAAACUCAGCAGCUCACCUACAUCCCAAAUUAAAUUUGCGACCUCUGUUAAACACAAAGAUGGAAGAGCUGCUCUUGGUAAAGUCAGAAACUUGCCUGAUAUGAGGCAUAGUAUUUCUUACGAAAAAGAAAAUUCGUUUGAUCCCUCUGAUAAAAGUGGUAGUACUGACAAUAGCAUUUCCUUGAGGAAGGUAAAAAGUGCUGGUACGUUAAGGAAAAUCAAAACAAACGAUUCUUCUAGUAGUGCGGGGUCUAGAAAAAGCUCAUCCAGCUUCAGUACUGUAAAUACUUUUACUGGGGGAGGAGUAGGAAUCUUCAAGGUGUUCAAAAGUGGAAGUUCCUCCGGGAAUAAAACAUCUAGUAGAAGAAAUAGCAGCAGUAGUGAUGUUAUGGAAAACGAUGCUAGUAAUGGUAAGAAAAAAAAAAAGAAAAAGAAAAAGAAGUCAUUAUUUUCAUUCGGUAAAAUAUAA